CGUAAAAAAUGUGCUUCGAAAUGAGGUGUCUCUUGGAGUAGGCGACUUUUAAAAAGCAUCGACAGCCCAUGAUAUGACGACUUCGCUGGUCCUGCAUCCACGCUGGGCGGACACCUUGAUGUACGUGUAUGAAAAAAGCCCGAAUGAAAACAAUCCAAAUAAAAACCAAGCCAUGGACGGACUAAGCGGGAACUGCCCCGCUAGCCACUGCAGGGAUCUCAUCUCUCACCCGGCGCUGGGACGACAUUCAGGCAGCAUAACGACACACCAGGGCUCCGUGUACUCGGAUAUAUCUUCUCCAGACGCCGGUCGACAGUGUCCCGCUCCCCAGACUUCAUCUAGUGCAACUCUGGGAUACGGUUACCCGUUUGGAAGCCCCUAUUAUGGGUGCAGGUUGUCCCACUCACACAACAUGAACUUGCAGCAGAAGCCGUGUUCUUAUCACCCGUCAGAGAAAUACACGGAGCCUAGCAACACGCUGCCCACGGAAGAACUGUCCAGCAGGGCCAAAGAGUUCGCCUUUUACCCCAGUUUCGCCAGCUCCUACCAGACUGUCCCAGGUUAUUUAGACGUGUCCGUGGUACCUAGUAUUAGUGCACAUCCGGAACCGCGGCACGAGACAUUGAUUCCCGUGGAAGGCUACCAGCACUGGGCUCUUUCAAAUGGCUGGGAUGGGCAGGUGUACUGUUCCAAGGAUCAAACACAGUCCGCUCAUCUCUGGAAGUCGCCAUUCCCAGAUGUGGUUCCGUUGCAACCUGAAGUCAACAGUUACCGUCGAGGUCGCAAGAAACGGGUUCCGUACACCAAGCUCCAACUUAAGGAGCUGGAGAAAGAAUACGCAGCCAGCAAGUUCAUCACCAAAGACAAGAGACGGCGCAUCUCGGCAACAACUAACCUCUCCGAGCGCCAGGUUACAAUCUGGUUCCAAAACCGUCGGGUCAAAGAGAAGAAAUUUGUCUGCAAAUCUAAGAGUAAUGCGCAUAUGCAUACUACUUGAUGUAUUUCCGGUGUGCUCCUCCCCUCACAUCCCCCCGAUCAAGAAGUCAGAAUCAUGUAUCUCAUUAGAAGUCGUUUCUGGUGGUGGCCGAUUGUAUAGAGACACCUGAACACCUUUCCAUCCUGGUUUUGAUUUUUCUGAAAAUUUAACCUCCACUCUACAUCCACCACCUUGGCUUUGGGGGGAAAAAAUACAAAUCUUUAAGACACACUGAACUCCGUUAGUACUUGUCUCAUGUUUUAUGAUUGCGAAUAUUCUCGUGAGUUUGGUCCCUGUUUCACAACAGAUUUGUGGAAUAUGCUUUUUUCUUGCCCGCCAUUAGUUGACAAACAAAAUCUUUCUCCUCUCUUCGUCCUUACUCACGUUUCCGAAUACCAACGUCCUUAGAUUCUGUUCUUUUGAUCUUAGCCUCUGAAAAAGUAAGGACCGUAAGCAAUAUAGCUACACUACUUAGAGGAUGAAUCCACAGCUCUAAACGAGAAAUGUGUGAACUACAUUACAUGAUUCAGAUACGCUUACAAAAUGGACUCUGAAUGGUUUCUGGUUUAUUGAUUUAUUUUUGUCCCAAACAAAAAUCGUGAUCAACCAUAUUGGAACGAGGGACAUGAAAACUCCGAAAACUCUCAUUUGUUUGAUAUACGGCUUACUCCUUUUGGUGCUUAGGAUAUAAGCAAGGCUGCUAAUGUUAAAAUGUACAGUACAUUUAUUAUUUAAUGAAUAUUCUCUCGUAUGACAGGAGUUGUAAAUUGGAAUGUUUUAUGAGGUUGAUAUUUUGUUCUUUGGUCAGUGAAGGAUAUGUGUCCUCCAUGCAACUGGAAUGAUUGUAAUCAGUUUAAGAAAGUUAAGUAUUACAUAUUAAUGCACAAUCUUCCCUCUCCUUAUUUUGUUUGUAAAGUUAAUGUAGGUCUUAAUGCAUUUGAGCUGUGCAUUCGCCUUGUAAGCAUUUGGCCCCUUUCCUUUGUGCAGGUUGUGAACUGUGAUGUGGUUGAUUCAAAUGUACUCAAUGGAAACGUGUUUCAUAAAUAAAUG